AUGUCGCAACCGUCGCAAGCAGUUGCUAAGCACCCCUUGUCUGAUGGCCCUAGUGAGGGCAAAAGUCGUCCCAGUGGUACUUUUCGUCGAGUUGAGAGUCAGCUUUCUGUUCAUUCAAUACCCUCGCAGAAGUCGUUCCUGAUUUCAUGGACAGAAUAUUUUGCUUCUUUUCUAGGUUGGGCCAACCCCCAGGCGAAGCCCGCAGACCCCGGGGACCACACUGUCUGGCUUUUUGACAAUACGGCAUUCCGGCCUGGAACGCGUCUACGUCUUGGAUCCCAGGAACUCUGGGUUGCCGAGGUUGUUGCGGCAGUGUUUGAAAAGAACAGUCGUGAAGAUCUUGGGAAAGUCAUAGCUCUGGUUGCGGAUCUUAUUGGACUGGAUGGCCAAGCAGGCCAUGAUCCUAUUGUCCGCAAACGCAUGGCAGAGCGGCUGCAGCCAUUCAUCAGCGAAGUCGCUCCUGCUCGAUCUAUUAACCUAGAAGUACCACUUACAGCUACCAAUUUGCAUAAAUACAAGCUUAACCCUUCCAACCAACAUGGCAUUAUAUCCCACGCAAUCAAUAUCAACAGCAGCGUACCUAUACUCGACGGAACCAGUCUACAGCCCCGUUUGGGAAACUGGCCGGACCUUGUCACAAUGAACUCCACUUUUGCUGCUCCGGGGGGAUGGCUGGUAAUUUCCGAUAUUGACGAUACCAUUAAAUAUACUAUGACACCGGAUGCGAUCGGUAUCCUUCGAACAACAUUCGCGGAAGAAGCAAAACCCAUCCACAACAUGCCAGAGCUAUAUGCUUAUAUUCAAGAGAAGCUCUUGCCAACAUGGUUCUAUUUAUCUGCAUCUCCAUAUAACCUGUAUCCUUUCCUCCACACUUUUAUUCAGCAAUACUUUCCAAAGGGAACGAUGAUACUUCGAGAUAGCUCCUGGCAGUCGCUUGCAGGGCUAUUGAAAUCAUUUACUCAAGGUACACAAGCGUACAAAGUCGAUCGCAUGCGAAAGAUUCACGGUUGGUUUCCCAAACGGAAGAUUUUGUGUAUAGGAGAUUCAACCCAGCGUGAUCCUGAGGCAUAUGCGGAGAUGUAUCAAAAGCAUAGUCAAUGGAUCAAGGCGAUUUUCAUAAGAAAGGUAACCGGCCUGCCACAUAUGGAUGAGCAAAACAGCCCUGAAAGGUUUGAAGAGGCCUUCAAGAAUGUUCCUAAAACUGUGUGGAAAGUGUUUGAAGAGCCAGAGGAGCUAAACGAAUCUAUCGAUGAAUUACGUGCCCGUUUCCCAUAA